AUGAACAACACCACACACCUAACAUCGCUGUCCCUCCCGCCCUCCUCCCAAACAGCCAACCAUACACAGUCCCAGUCGCAAUCCCUCUCGACUCUUGCUUCGUCCGUAUCCUCCCUCCGCUCCUCACUCACCCUCCUCGACUCCUCCAUCUCCAUCCUCGACUCCGGAAUAUCUGAUUUCCCCCGUCUGAAAACAGUGCUGAGCUCUACAAGGCAUUUCGAACUCACCCCGCAGACAACCCUCCAAUCCGCACAACAGUCCCUAGCCGCCGAACUCUCCCCCGCAAUAACCACCCUACUCCAGCGGUGCGAAUCGCACGUGGCGAAAUUAGAGCGGCGAGAGGGAUCAUUAAUUGCACGAGCGGAGCUACUGGAGGGGAGAUUGACGGAUCCUGGAGAGGGCUUGAGGAAGAAGAGGAGUUUGGAGAGAAUCCUUGCGGGGAAGGCGAGUGGUAGUACUGCGGGGAAGGGGAUGGAGGAGAAGGUUUUGAGAUUGAAGGCUUUGAGACAGAAGAAGGAGAGGUUGGGCUAUGCGGUUGAGAGAUUGGGAUUGCAGAGUCAGCAAAGGCAGAGGCAGCUGAGGAUGAGUGUUGCGGCUGGAGCUCAGCUUGGCGGAGGUGAGUGA